CACGUCACGUCACGUCCCCCAGCGUUUAGUUCGCAGCCACGUUACGGCCGCAAGUUCAUUCGAGGUGGAAAGGAUUCUAGUCUAUUCUUUAUCACGUUUAUAUACAGCUAUUUGAGGAGCGGGGGGGACAUGGAGAAGGACGUCAGCUUGGAUCAUGAGAUUAAGGAAUGGCUGCGACUGGACAAGAACCCAAAGACGCUGUCUGCGGUACGGAGUAUGCAGGCAGAGGGUGCAAAGGAGAAGCUGCGACAGUGCUUCGGGGCUCGCAUGGAGUUUGGGACGGCCGGCCUCCGGGCCGCCAUGGGACCCGGUAUCUCCUGCAUGAAUGACCUCACCAUCAUCCAGACCACCCAGGGGUUCUGUAGGUAUCUGGAGAAGAGCUUCCCAGACCUGAAGGAUCGGGGAGUUGUGAUUGGGUAUGAUGCCCGGGCACACCCUUCUAGCGGGGGCUGCAGUAAGAGGUUUGCCACCCUGGCCGCUGCCGUCAUGAUCAGCCAAGGAGUCCCGGUCUACCUCUUCGGUGACAUCACGCCCACACCCUUUGUGCCUUUUACGGUGUCUCAUCUGGGCCUUUGUGCUGGGAUCAUGGUGACAGCUUCUCACAACCCCAAAGAGGACAAUGGCUACAAGGUUUACUGGGAGAACGGCGCCCAGAUCAUCCCGCCGCAUGAUAAGGAGAUCUCCAGGUACAUCGAGCAGAACCUGGAACCCUGGGACAAGUCCUGGGAUGAGCAGCUGGUCAAGCAGAGCCCUCUGCUGCGGGACCGGAAUGAGGAGAUCAGCCGGGAGUACUUCGAGACCAUUCGGGAGCUCUGCUUCCACAGAGAUACUAACAAGAGCUCCAAGCUGAAGUUUGUCCACACCUCCGUCCACGGCGUCGGCCACGCAUUCGUGCAGUCUGCAUUUAAGGCCUUCGACCUCCCACCUCCCCUGCCGGUGGAGGAGCAGAAGGACCCCGACCCCGAGUUUCCCACAGUGAAGUACCCCAACCCAGAGGAAGGAGAGGGUGUCCUGACCCUGUCCUUCGAGCUGGCCGAUAAAGAGGGAGCCACCGUGAUUCUGGCUAAUGACCCCGACGCCGAUCGCCUGGCUGUGGCUGAAAAGCAGCAGAGCGGCAAGUGGCGGGUCUUUUCCGGCAACGAACUGGGCGCCCUGCUGGGCUGGUGGCUGUUCCGCUGCUGGAAGCUGAAGAACCCGGAAACCGCGGCAGUCAAGAACAUCUACAUGCUGUCCAGCACGGUUUCCUCCAAGAUCCUGCGAGCCCUAGCGCUCAAGGAAGGGUUCCACUUCGAGGAAACCUUGACCGGUUUUAAGUGGAUGGGGAACCGAGCCAAGCAGCUCCUGGAGAACAGCAAGACAGUGCUGUUUGCCUUCGAAGAGGCUAUAGGUUACAUGUGCAGCCCGGCAGUGCUGGACAAAGACGGCGUGAGCGCAGCAGCCAUCGUCGCCGAGUGCGCCUCCUACCUCUGUGCCCAAGGCAGCACGCUCACCCAACAGCUGGACACCAUCUACGAGAAGUACGGACAUCACAUCACCAGCAACUCCUACUUCAUCUGCCACGACCAGGACACCAUCCGGCAGCUUUUCGAGCGUCUCCGUAACUACGACGGGAAGGACACCUACCCCAAAUCAUGUGGGAAAUUUACUGUGUCCGGCGUGCGUGACCUCACCACGGGCUAUGAUAGCAGCCAGCCCGAUAAGAAGGCGGUGCUCCCGAUUAGCAAGAGCAGUCAGAUGAUCACGUUCAGCUUCUCCAACGGUGGGGUGGCAACCAUGAGGACCAGUGGCACUGAGCCUAAGAUCAAGUACUACGCUGAACUUUGUGCCGCACCCGGAAACAGCGAUUUGAAACAGCUGAAGGACGAGCUGGGUGACUUGGUGGACGCCAUUGUGAAUUUUUUCUUUGAGCCAGAAAAGAACAAACUGUCACCAAGGCUGCAGCAGCAGAAUUCCCCUCUCCAUGCUGUUAGCGUUCCCUGUGAUGGUUAAGAAAUGAGCUGGUAAUCGACAUUCCUAAAAUCCCAGAAAGUUUUAUAUUGUGACUAAUUGAUAACCAGGGAUUGUAACUGCAGCUGAUUUUCAUUUUGUUUUCUGAUCUUGGAGUUAGAUGAGGCAAAAAUCAAUAAAGUAGAGCAUCGAUUUAGUGUAAACACUCAUAUUUGUGAAUAAAGCCUUUGCUACUCUGUUUAUUUGCGUAAGAGAAUCUUUUAACCUUUACUAAACCAAGUUUUAGCUCCUGUUUAAGAGCCUUGUAAGAAGAUGCACCGUUAAGGAGUCGAUACCUUCAGUGUUGUUACUGUAUAACUCUGAUCGAACGAGGAACCUAACCGUUAAUUGUUUGCAUACUUUUCAAGUGUGUCACGUGGUAGCCAUGCUGGAAAGUGCGUAGAGUCCGCAAAGGAACCGUAUGGACAUGACACACUCCAUCAAAGAUGAUCUCUAUAAAUCGCUUAACUGUUGGUAAAAAAAAAAAAUAAAGCAUUAAUUUUCAAUCCUCUGUAUAAGCACGUUUCUUGUAUGCAUUGAAAUGAUUUUGUAAUGAAUUUCAGACAUGGCUGAUUAACACUAACCCAGUGUUACCUGAGGUUAGUGUUUAACACUAACCUGUUUACCAUAAACUAUCUACACCCCCUAUUCAGUCAUUCCCUACUUUAAAAUAUCUAUCGCCAGGUGGCAGUAAUACUUACGGUAAGAAUCAUAUUAGGAAGGACAUACAGUGCGUCCUGCUGAUUAAAGUGUUGCUACAGAUGUAUCUUCCCAGAAAAGUGUUAAAAGGCAUUUUAAAUGUAAAGCUUGUAUGGAAUAGUUAUGAUUGAGAUAUGCAGCCGCUUAAUCCUGUCCGCAGUACAAGACACAACUGUAAUUCCAAAAACAAUCGCUUCGUUUGAGUAGUUUUUGUAGAAAUUCUCAUAGAUAUACUGUAAUAAAGUGAAAGCUAGUGGUAAUAUUACCUCGAAUUUGUAUUUUGUUAUACAUUUACUUUUAUUGGCGUGUACUUCAUUUAAUAAAUAAACGAUACUGAUAUCAA